AUCCAGUCUGGGGAAGAGGAACUAUGAGUUCCUGUACUGGAAACUAACUUUAAGUGGAAGUUGGUGAAGGCAUAUCAUUUUAGGAUAGUUAAUUAACAAUGGCCAGUAAUACAGUGGUUUGUUCCGAUGAUGAAGACAGCAAUACUAUGGAUGACGAUGGACUCAGUUUAUCAAAAACAACACUUGAACCUUACAUGGUAGCUGCGAUUGAUUUUGGAACAACUUAUUCUGGUAUCGCUCAUUCCUUUAAACAUGACUACAAGAAAGAUCAUUUAAAAAUUUAUUGCCAUAAAUGGUAUGCGAAAAGUGGACUUGCACUUCCUUCCUUGAAAAUGCCAACAACAUUGUUGUUGACACCAGAUGAAGAAUUUGAAGCUUUUGGGUAUGAAGCAGAGGAGAGGUACACAAAACUAGUUGAUGACAAUGCCCACUUUGGAUGGCACUACUUUAAACACUUCAAGAUGAAUCUCUACAAACCAAAAGUGAAACUUUCAAGAGACACCAAGUUAAAAGAUGACCAGGACCAAGAGGUUCUUGCACUUACAGUGUUUGCAGAGUCCAUAAAAUAUUUCAAGGAAAUGCUUCAUGACAAUUUCAAGAAUGCAGCAAUAAAACCUACUGAUGAUACCAUUACCUGGGUACUGACUAUACCUGCUAUCUGGGACAACACAGCCAAACAGUUUAUGAGAGAAGCUGCUGUGAAGGCGGGAAUAAAAAAUGAACAUCUGUUGUUUGCCCUGGAACCAGAAGCAGCAUCUGUGUACUGCAAAGAAAUCCAUGUCCAGCGUAAAACAGGAGACGAAGGAGCUACCUUUCUCACUUCUUAUGACCCUGGCACAAAAUACAUGGUUGCUGACCUUGGAGGUGGAACAGCAGAUUUCACUGUGAGAGAAGUGAUGCAGGAUGGGUCCCUCAAGGAAGUCGUUUGUGCCUCGGGUGAGGCAUGGGGUGGCAUGAAUGUCAACAAGGAAUUCUGGAAAUUCAUUGAGCAAAUUGUAGGCAAAGACCAGAUGAAGGAGGCUUUUCAGAAUUGCAAAGCAGAGCAGUUAGAUUUUGAAAGAUCUAUUGAGCAACAGAAACGUGACCUGAGGGCUGAGGGAGAUGGAAAUGACAUUGGAAUUCGGCUAAGUCUUGGAGCUCUCAAUGAAUAUGUUGAUGAAUCGUCUGCUAAGAAACUGCAGAACACUUUCAGAAAAGGUAAAGUAGAUAUCAAGAAAGGAAAGAUCAAAAUACCAGUGACAGUAAUUAAGGAUUUCUUUGAACCCUCUGUGAACAGCAUAAAGGAUCAUUUUGAGGAGUUAUUUAGGAAAAAGGAGACACUUGGAGUAAACGAUGUGAUAUUGGUAGGGGGGUUCGCUGAGAGCAAAAUAAUGCAAGAGGCAGUUAAAACAAUGCUGACUGGAAAGAAAGUGGUCAUUCCCCAAGAGUGUGGACUAGCAGUGCUGAAGGGAGCGGUCUUGUAUGGACUUAAUCCAGGCAUUGUUUCAGCACGUAUCAGUCAGCACACAUAUGGUACACAGGUUCACAGAUUCUUCUUGAAAGACUUUGAUGACGAGGAAAUGCGAGACAAAAAACAUCGAAAUUAUUGUAAGCAAGUUUUCAACAAGUUGAUAGAAAAGGAUGAGCUAGUCUAUGUUGGCAAGACUGUCGAAACUGAAGUGUUUCCCCUGACAGCAGACAUGACUGCGAUGACGAUUAGUAUGUAUUAUUCCGAUCAGAAAAAUCCUAAAUACACUACAGGCUGCACUUACUUGGGAAAAAUGACUGUUGCGAUGCCUGACACCACUGGUGGCUUGGAAAGGAAAGUGGUGGUCAGUCUGCACUUUGGUAAGACUGAGUUGGUCUUUGAGGGAAGGGACGAAAACUCAAAAAAAUCUGUUACAGUCAAGCUAGAUACACUGGAAAAUCGCUCCAAACCAUUAUGA